GUAACAAGGAGAGGAUACUUCAACCACCACUAAUGUGUAAUGCUCACCUGGUGAAAUGUAACGGUUCCUGGAAAUAACUUGAAGCAGGUCAUAAUAAUCUAUCUGUGACCUGCCUCUCUUUUCCCGCUGAACAGGACCUGGUUUAUAUGUCGGACAAGCCCAAUUAUGUCCUGAUCCAGGCUGUGUUAGACUCCCUGCGCCAAGACCUGAGGCUGUUUCUGGAUCCACCCGAUGGCACCAAGGAGCACCCAGCUACCACCUGCCUCGAGCUGUGGCUCUGCCAGCCCAACUUCACCAGUGGGCUUUAUUACAUCGACCCUAACCAGGGCAGCCCAGCCGACGCCCUGCUGGCCUACUGUGACUUCACUGCAGGUGGGCGGACCUGUCUGUCUCCCAGUCAGCCGCAGGUGCCAAUCAAAGCAUGGAUGAAGGAUUCUGGGACAGAAAACUCAUUUCACUGGCUGAGCACUCUGGACGGGGGCUUUCAGCUGCCCCAGUUUGAGUACCCAGGAGCCAGUGUGGUCCAGCUCCGGUUCCUCAGGCUCAGCAGCAGGUUUGUCACCCAGAACGUGACCUACUCCUGCUCCUCAGGACACCAGCAAGGCCAGAGGGAGAGGGAAAUAAAAUUUUUAGCGGAUACACGGCGACAGAGUUACCUCGGUGCGCUGAAAGACUGCGUGCAGUCCGAGGGAGCAGUGCCUUCUGGGACGCGGGAGUCCGUGUUCCAGUUUGAAAGCGAGGACCUGGACCUGCUCCCUCUCAGAGACCUGGCGGUUUUCGCCAGCGGUGACCUCGCUCAGGAGUUCGGUUUCACCGUGGGACCUGUCUGUUUCAGUUAGGAGGGGCCCCCGCUCUCAGGAAGCUCAAGGGACACCAAACCAUACAGAGCACUUUCCAGUGGGGCCCCUCCGCCCCCCCCCGGAUCCAGUAAGAGCGCACAAAAAAAGAGGACAAUGGGAGCUUGUCAUCUUUUCAUACUUUUUUUGUUGUUUCUGUUAGUCACCGAGAGAGAGGCAGCAGAACCAACAAGACAGGGAUUCUCUUUUUGCUUUGGAGCAACUCGCCAAUGGAGACAACAGCUCCAUUUCCUCUUAUUUAUGAGACUCAGUGAAUGAGAGAAGGCAUUCCCCUGGAAAAAUUCCUACAGGACUAUCUUUUUAAUAUUGUUUACAGAGACUUUUGUUGAAAAGGUGCUAAUUUAUAUAUUUGUUGUUUUUUUUAAUAUAAUAUUGCUUUAUGAUAUCCAGGUUUUACAACAGUUGUGUAGAUUCUGUAAAUUAUGUUUGUUUUUUUUUUUGUUUUGUUUUUUUGUUUGCUGACAUAUCACGUCAACUUCAGGUAUGUUCAAGACCAAAAGAACUGUGGUUUUUACGGUACACUUUACGUGCAUAGCUUUAACAAUGUGUUCCAACUUGGGGAUACAGCUAAUGUUCUCUGAAAUGUGCUCACUAAGCACUGUCUUAUUACUUCUGAACAUCUUUGAGAAACCAAUUUGGCAGGUGUGUUUAGUUCCCCAACCUAUCUCCAUAUUGAAAUAGACUUUUACCCCUUAGUAGCCUACCUGUUCAAACAGAUCUGCCAUACUCGUAAGUAUAGGGAUGGACUGUAUGCACACAUAAGCCUUCCCUGUAUCUGAUUACUAUCCUCCACACUAUAAUGCUUAAGUCAUAGAAUGAAAAUUAAAUUUUAUUUUAAGGCCUCAUUGACCACAUGGAUAUUUCUGCCUGAAUCAAUGCAAUGCAAAUCAAUAGUAUCAAACUUGCCAAGCCAUGCUAUGGAGCUGACACAUUUGCACCAUGCUCUGUGCUUCAACGUUGCUGCCAUUAAGAAAACAGAGUUUAAAUUUAUUUAAGUUUUUAAACAGUAGCAUGCUUGAUAUGCUAGGGCAUGUAUUGAAAUCUAGUAUCCAAACUCGCUUAGACAAAGUCAUGUUAUUUGUUGAAAAAUAACCCCUGUGCAUAAACACAAGACACCAAUGCCUUUCACUCUAAUAGAAGAUCUGCUGAAUUGUGAAGAGCAUUGUGGUAAAUUAUUUCUCAUGCAUACCUCCAUGUACCUACAUACAUCUUUGUGAUUUCCGAGUUCACAGUACAGGUUCUUCCUACAGAAUGAACAUCAGGCAGCUUUAAGGAAAUAAUAUGUGAUAGUCAGGAAAUAGGCUUCUCUAUCCAUAAUGGAGACAGCUGGCCAUUAAAGUAAGCUAGUGGUGAUUGCCUUUUUUGUUUUCCUUGAACAACCAAAGCUAGUAAACAGUUUAUUGCGAGAUGGGAGAUUUUAUUGAUGCAUGCAGCUUGCCUUAAAGAUUGAAGGUAAUUUAAGUGUGGUUGCCUUAGCUGGCUGAGACAAAUCAGUGGUGCUCUUCAUAAAGCAGACUUUGUUUUUUGUUUGUUUGUUUUUUGUAGAAUUUGCAUCAGUGUGGUUAUAAUGUUGUAAAUUAUGUGUAAAUGAUAUGCUGGCCAUUUUAAAUCUAUUAUAUGAGAGUUGUAUCUUGGAUUCAAAACAGUUUAUCAGUUCAAUAAACAACAAUAUAAUCUGAA